AAUCAUAGCCUGUACACACAAUGCAUACAGGAGCUUCUGUAUGUUCAUGCGCAGGGGGGCGUUUCUGCUUUGUCUGAUUCAUGCUAUUUCAUCCACUGAAGGCAACUUUCAUCAGUGCAUGAAGCACAUGCAUUUCUCCUUUUCUUUAUGGCUGAGUUUUUACUCCUUUGUUCCUUUUUGAUUUAUUACAUUCUUUGUGCUUGAAGUGUGCAUGAAUGUGUUUCUGUAAUGUUACACCCCUAGCCAUGGGCCCAUAUGAAUCAUGCCCUGCUUAGUAGCAGCACAGUUUAUUUUAAAAGGUUGCCUUUAUGUUUCAGAAUAGACUGCUGUUGCCUAAACACUGCAAGGUUGUUGUGUUCUUCCUGUUGCUUAAUUAUCAAUAAUACCAAUAUUUCAUGGCGUCAGAGUUUUGUCAGUAGGUGGGUGGGUGCGCACACAGGUUGCAGAAUAUGUAAGAGGCAUCCAUCCUGCUCAUUACUGAUGCCAGACAGGACGUCAGUGGAAAGGCACAAUGGAGAGCUGCAGAGCCAUUUCCAUUGUCCGAAAAGGAACAGAGAAUCCGCAGUGACCCAAAGUGGGCUCAGAUGUCCCAAAAGAGCUGCAGGGGAGGAACAGAACGAAAGGCCUGCACUCCCUCAUUCCAUGCAAGUAACCUUUCAACUCCUCACAGUCUUGAAGCAACAACAAGCACGACUUUAGAGCUCCAACUGAGAGGACGGAGAAACAGACGAGGAGGAAAGGGCAGGAGUUCUUAGAGAGGUUGUGUCUCUGGAAUGCCUGGCUCAGGAUGCAGCCGCUGAGCAGUCCACUCCUUUCAGGAGCCAAGGGGAGGCGUGAUUGGCCACUGGCCUUAUCUGGGUGGAGCUGUAGGAGGGAUUUUACUUAUUCAUUGGCACGUACUGCAAGUCCCCUCCCACCUCACUGACGCUCUGCCCUUGGCCCCUGUCAGCUGCCUGUGUAUCUGGGAAUGCUGUUGUUGCAUCAGCGGGGCAGUGUUGGAGAUGGCCGAACUCAGGGGCUAAGGUCAGGGUCAAAAUUCAAGGGUCAACAACUCAGAAGCUAUAGGGGUGGAUGUGGAAGGACCUGAAACCAGGCUGCAGGCACCAACAGGCAUAAGCUGUGUGCACUGUGGAAAUCAGCUUGUCCUAACUCCACAACUGACCCCUAGCAACUAAAGCCUUCCAUCUAUGAGACAGAAAGCUUACUUUCACUUUCACAGCCUUGUUGCACUUGUUGAGACAUUCUAGAACUCUCUAGAGCUUGUGUCUUUAUUAUUUAAUACUGCACAACUUCCCCUGAAACAAUCACCCAGCACAAACAAAGUCACUAUGCGUCACAUCCACGUGGAACUGGCUCGUAAAGAGCCGGCCGUUGAGCUUCCAGCCCAGGACGGGGAUCUACCUCUGCCUAGCACUCGGAGCGAGAGCCCUGAGUCUGAAGUACGCAGAGUUGUUCCCAGACCUUUUGGAGAAGAAGAAAUCAGGCUACAAAAGGUCUACCAGCUAUCCAUCCUCUCCCAAAGAGGUGGUUUUGGGGAAAACCAAGAGACUCUUCGCCCUAUCCGAGUAGGUAUGAAGCGUAGCCUGGAGGGGACGUCGGUACCUGUCGCCCACAAGCGUCUUUUCCAACAGGGUGAGGAUGACGAUGAUGAUGAGUCAGAUGGGGAGGUGCUGUGUGGGUCUGGGGUGGAGCCACUUUUUUCCAACUCGCUCCUUGAGCGCAGAGACUCAGAAAUCCCUAGGUCGCCACCUCUUUCCCCUUCGCAUCCACCAAUUCCUGGUCGCCGCCCAGCUCAGCACAACCACGACAGGCCCGUCCCGGAUGCCUUCGCUCCGCUAUCCCCUAAAUCUCCCCCUAUGGUGGACCCCCAGGGCCCUCACUCCACCUGGGGCCACUGUGAAGGGAGUCCUCCUACUCUUACUCCCAGAACUGAGGCCUCUACAGCAGGAAACAUCCCGGCUGCCAUCAACGAAGGGCCACGGGAUGAAGGCCAUAACUCUGCCGACGUCAAGGGCAUGUUGUGCGGCACAGAGAGCAGUUGGGCACCUGUCCCGUUUUCAACACCAGCUGAGGCUGUGGAAUGGGGGACGACUUUUGAAUCUUCUCCUCCACCAUCAGAGACAAAGACCUCCUCCACUUCCUCCUCCUCUAACAGACUGAGCUCUCUUGAGAAGACACCAGUGGAAGCAAAUAGCCUGAUAUCAGGAUCAUCCAAUUCCUGCCCAGUGAAGAAAAGACUUCUCUCCUCUAGUGAUACAGGAGAGUCCUGCUCAGAAGAUGAGGGUCCAUCUACAUCAAAACGCAGUCGGCUGGCACUGUUGGCACCAGGGCUUGGAUUAGCAUCCUGUCGUAGCACUGAUGCCAAGGGUGCACCCUUCUGGAACCAUCUACUACCCUCAGCAAGGGAGCACACCAAGACUGCUACAGACUGUUCACGAUCAGGGAGAAGGCUCAAAGUGGGGAGUCGACUCAAAUCUCGACAGUUACGCAGUGGACGUCGAACAGACACCAGUCGCUCCUGUAGUCCAAUCUCCUCUUUAUCCUCCAUUAGCAGACCUCUUCUUGGCAACUUUGAGGAGUCGAUUCUGAAGGGUCGUUUUACUCCAUCUGGGCGGAUAGAGGGCUUCACAGCAGAGAUCGGGGCUAGCGGCUCCUAUUGCCCGCAGCAUGCCACCUUACCAGUGCAAGUGACUUAUUAUGACACCUCAGAGCACAGCGCCCCUUCUCCCUUCCUGGGGGUGAUCUUGCUAGAACCACUUGGGAAAAAAGGAUACAGCGUACCCAAAGCAGGGACCAUUCAAGUGACCUUAUUUAACCCUAAUAAGACUGUGGUUAAAAUGUUUUUGGUGACGUAUAAUUUUGGGGACAUGCCCGUUAAUCACAUGACCUUCUUGCGCCAUCGUAUUUUCCUGGUGCCUGUGGAUGAGGCGGAGGGGUCAGGGGAGGGGAAGGAAGGCUCCUUGUCUGACAGGAAGAAGAUUCUCUGCUACUUGAUACACCUCAGAUUCCAGAGUUCCAAAUCUGGGAAAAUCUACUUGCACAAUGAUAUCCGGCUGCUAUUCUCCCACAAGUCCAUCGAGGUGGACACUGGGAUUCCUUACGAGCUGAAAUCUUUCACCGAGGUGCCAAGAAACCCCAAAUACUCCCCCAGAGUGUAAGAUCGUGAUGUCCUGCUGCAGUGGGGCAGAAGGACUGCAUUAAUAAAGAUUGCAAGACAAGAGACCCCUAUACACUUGAACACAGACACACUUGCACUCAUACAUGCAUACGCAGA